AUGUUAUCCGCGAUUCCUGAUUGUAUUUAUUGUGGAGCGAAGCGACUUCAAUAUGAACCUCCUGGAUUUUGUUGUUGUAAGGGUGAAGUUGUUCUUGUGGCGAACGGAAUGCCACCGACUUUAAAGGCAUUAUACACCAGCCCUGAUAAGAGCUACAAUAAUUUCCGUUCGUGCGUUAGGACUUACAACAACACGUUUGCUUUUACUUCGCUUGGUAUUCAUAACUAUGAAAAAGAUUUGUGUAGGAGAAAUAAAGGCAUUUAUACUUUCAAAGUGCAAGAACAAAUUUACCAUUUUAUAAAUGACUUAUUGCCUGAUGGUUGUCCCCCCCGCAAUCUACAACUCUAUUUUUACGACACUGAUCAUGAAGUAGAGAAUAGAGUUUGCGAAGUUGGUCAUUUAGAUGAGAAAAUUGUCUCAGAUCUUAUCGAGGUCAUGUCUCACAACCCAUAUGCUAAAUUCUUUCGGAGUCUUAAGGAUCUUGUGCAUUCUGAUGAGUUUAGCAUUUCGCUGCAAUCAUGUCCUUCGCUUGACCAGAGGAUUUAUAAUGCACCAACAACUUCUCAAGUUGCUGCAGUGUGGAUUGAAGAUUUUGAGGGCUCUGGAGAUAAUAGGAACAUAAGGGUAUACGCACACAGUGGUCGUGCUCAGAAUAUCCAAUAUUAUUAUGGUUGUUAUGAUUCAUUACAGUACCCUUUGUUGUUCCCAUUCGGUGAUGCUGGAUGGCAUGAGGGUAUUGAACGAAUUUUUCCAAACAAUACUUCAACUCGCAAUACAUAUGCCAGUGCAUUGUAUAUCAAUGCUAAUGAUGUAUCAAAUGUUGAAGAAUUACUUCAAGCUGAGGAAACCGUAUUCCGAGAAGGGAAAAAACGUCGUUCAGUAUCUUGCAGGGAAUAUUACGCAUACAAAUUUCAAAUGCGUUCAGGUGACACAUCAUUAUUACUACAUACUGGCAGACUGUUUCAACAAUUUAUUGUUGACAUAUAUAUCAAGGUCGAAACACAACGUCUUGAUUAUUUUAGGAAGAAACAACAACUUUGUAGGUCAGAGAAUUUUCAAGGGUUGGUUGACAGUGUCAGUACCGGUGCGGUAUUUGGUAAUGAUGUUGGUCGUAGAGUUAUCUUACCUUCGUCGUUCAUUGGAGGACCUAGGGAUAUGCGUGGGCGAUAUAUGGAUGCGAUGUCACUUGUCCAAAACUUUGGUAAACCAGAUUUUUUCCUAACUAUAACAUGCAAUCCAAAUUGGCCAGAAAUUAAACGUCUUUUGGAAUUCAAUGACGAGGCACAGAAUAGGCCAGAUUUGGUUGCAAGAGUAUUUCAUGCUAAAUUGCAAGAAUUAAAGAAUGACAUUACAAAAAAACAUUUCUUUGGUGAGAUUUCUGCAUACACAUAUGUGAUUGAAUUCCAAAAAAGAGGUCUUCCACAUGCUCAUUUCCUUAUUAUUCUCAAAAACAAAUCCAUGAUGGCGUCGUCUUCUUUUGUUGACGAAUACGUGUGUGCAGAAAUCCCAAAUAAGGAAACGCAGCCAACGUUGUAUGACCUUGUAAAAAAACAUAUGGUUCAUGGCCCUUGUGGUUCUCUUAAUCAAACAUGUCCUUGCAUGGUCCAAAAGAAAUGCCAAACUUCACCCUCUUGCAAAAGUAAGUACCCUCGUUCAUUCUGUCCUGAGACUAGGUUUGAUGAUGACUCAUACCCUAUUUAUAAGAGGCGAAAUACCUCUUUUUUUGUUCAGAUUAAAGGGUUUAAGCUUGACAAUCGAUGGAUCGUUCCGUAUAAUCCUCAAUUAUUGUUGAAAUUUGAUUGCCACAUAAAUGUUGAGGUUUGUGCAACCAUUAAGUCUGUCAAGUAUAUAUACAAAUAUAUUUAUAAAGGCCAUGAUAGAGUUCGCAUGUCUUUGGCUGAUAACAUGAGCGAUUAUGUGAUUGACGAGAUUAAAGAAUACCAGAAUGCACGAUGGAUUUCUCCCCCUGAAGCUGCAUGGCGAAUAUAUGGUUUUGCAAUAGCCGAGCUAAAACCCGCUGUUAUUCAAUUGCAAGUGCAUUUGGAAAAUUCCCAAUAUAUAAAUUUUUAUGGACAUGAAAGAAUAAUUCAUAUUGUUAGUAGGGAAGAAGCAUGUCGUACCAUGUUGACAGAAUUCUUUUCUAUGAAUCUAGCAAAUGAAUAUGCGAAAAUGAUGAAUUUGCUUUAUGUUGAAUUCCCUUGCCAUUUUGUUUGGUGCAAAUCAACAAAGUCUUGGAAGCCAAGGAAACAACUGAAGGUCAUCGGUAGGCUUGUAACUGUUAACCCAACUGAAGGAGAACGAUACUAUUUGCGAAUGUUGUUGAUGAACGUAAGGGCACCCACAUCGUUUGAAUCCUUAAAAACUGUUAAUGGUUACUUUGCUGAAACUUUCCGUGAGGCAGCUGAAAAACUCGGACUUCUAUCUAGAGAUUCAAUCAUUGAACAAUCACUAGAUGAAGCGUUGCUAUUCCAAAUGCCAUCGAGUUUGAGGAAGUUAUUUGCAAUGCUUCUGAUCUUUUGUGAUCUUUCAAAUCCUCGUUCACUUUGGAUAAAAUACAAAUCUUACAUGUGCCAAGACUUCUUAAGGAAUGGAUUGCACACGAUUGAUGAAAGUGAAUCAUUAGUCCUCAAGUUGAUUGCAAACAACUUGCACAAAAUGUGCAAAAACUUUUAUGAUUACAACUUGGUUGAUACGUUUACUGAACUUGAUAUAGCAACAACAAUGACUCAUGAAAUAAUGUAUGAGCGAAGUUUGGAAGUUAGCGAGUCUGACUUGGCAGGCGUGCAGAAGUUGAAUGCUUGCCAACGUGCAGCAUUUGACACUAUCAUUGAAAAUGUCUUUGCGAACAAAGGCGGCAUAUAUUUUGUUGAUGGACCAGCAGGGACAGGCAAGACUUUUCUAUAUCGAUGCUUACUGGCGACUGUUAGAUCUAGGGGUUUUCUUGCUCUUGUAACUGCAACUUCUGGAAUCGCCGCAUCAAUACUUCCGGGCGGUCGCACUGCACACUCUCGUUUCAAAUUGCCACUCGAUGGGGAUGAUAAACACAUUUGCAAUAUAGGCAAACAAACUGCUGAGGCCUGA